AUGAGGCAAAUUCAUCAAAUGUUCACUACAAUGAUGACGAAAUUGGAGAAGCUCGAUGCAAUUGAAGCAGACAUGAAGGAAAUGAAACAUUCCUUAGAAUUUGCGCACGCUGAAAUUGCCGAUUUAAAAAAAGAAAACGAUACCAGCAAAGCAAACCAAGCAAAGGAAAAAAUUGAAAAGCUUGAGCAAGACAACACCACGUUGCGCAACAAAAUAGUAGACCUUCAAGCAAGAUCAAUGCGCGACAAUUUACUAUUUUUUAACAUCCCAGAACGUGACAAAGAAAACACAACUGAAAUGAUUCAUGAGUUGUUAGAAACGAAGAUGGAAAUACAUGACGCGCGUAAUAAAGUAAAGAUCGAUCGGUCCCAUCGGAUUGGGAGAAAACGAGAAAGAAACCAAAAACCGCGUCCGAUCGUGGUCAAGUUUAACUAUCAUCAAGACCGAGAGUACGUGCAGUUAAACACGAAGAAACUUAAAGGGACAAAGAUCGGAGUAUCAGAACAGUUCCCAGAAGAAAUCGAAAGCAUAAGAAAAACAUUGUAUCCGGAACUAAAGAAAGCCAGAGCAGAAGGUAAAAGGGCCAGAAUAGUAAGAGACAAAUUGAUCAUUGAAGGGCAUAAUAAUGGGUCUUGA